AUGGAAGAUAUAUUCGUUGAAAGCAACGUAAACACAGAAAAAAUCAAAGAGAAUAAGAUAACAGUAGUUAAUGUUAAUAAAAUCAUAUAUAAUAUUAAAAAGAGAAUUAAGAAAAAGAAAAAAAGAAAUGGAGGUAAUAAAAUAAAUUACCUUCCUGUUGUCGACCCUACACAGUUACCCAAAGAUCUUCCGAAUACAAAAAAUAUAAAAAAUAAAAAAUUAAAAAAUAAAUUGAAGAAAGAUGUUAAAUUAGCUAUUUUAUCAACUAAAAAAAUUUUAGCAAAUAAAAAAUUCAGAAAAAUUGAUGAAGGAUACAUUGACGUGAAGCAGAAGCAUCUUGUUCAGAAGAAGGAUGACACUGAAGGGGUUCAUCCUGUGUUGAAAGGGAAGAAGGGGAAGAAGGGGAAGGAGAUUAGAACAAAAAAAGGGAUGGAUGAAAUAAAACAAAGUGGGGUGGAUAAAAUAAAACAAAGUGGGGUGGAUAAAAUAAAACGAAUAGUGAUGGAAGAUUUGAAUAAAAUCGAAAAAGGGGUAGGAAACAUUCCCGAGACGAAUGCUACUAGUCAAAAGGAGGUGCGCAUUAUGAAAUUUCCUGCACAUGUUCAGAAUAAAAUGCACUUCAGCAUGCGUGAUGAGCGUAGUUGCUAUAGUGGAGAGUACUACAAGCGCACUGAGGAGGGAGAAGAAGGAAUCAAGGAGGAGAAGAAAAUUCAUAUUAGCCAAAAGUAUAUCUACGAUAGAGCAGAUAUAGGGACACAAAAAAAAGUAAUAGACUUAAGUUUGAACAUGGGACCAUAUACAUGUACAUAUUCAAGAAAUGGAAAAUAUUUAUUAACAACAGGAGAUAAAGGACAUAUAACAUUAAUAGAUACACAAAACUUAGAAACAUUAUGUGAACUAGAGGUAUGUGAAACGGUUAGAUGUAAUACUAUAUUACAUAAUCAUAAGCUUUUUGCUGUUAGUCAAAAAAAGUAUAUGUAUAUAUAUGAUAACACAGGGUUAGAAGUAAAUUGUAUAAAAGACAUAUUAUAUACAUACCAAAUGGAAUUCUUACCAUACCAUUUUUUAUUAACAUCAGUAGGAGAAUUUGGAGAAUUAGUAUACCAAGAUAUAACUAUGGGUAAUAUAAUUACAAGGAAAAAAACGAAAAGGGGUCCAUGUUCUAUUAUGAAACAAAAUAAACAUGAUGCAAUUAUUUAUUUAGGACAUAGUAAUGGGCAUGUUACCUUAUGGUCACCUAAUGUAGACAAAUGUAUAUGUGAUAUAUAUUGUCAUUAUACUCCUAUAUCUUCAAUAGCUGUAAGUGAUAAUUAUUUAAUUAGUGCUUCUAUUGAUUGUACAUAUAAAAUAUGGGAUAUGAGAAAAUUAGAAUAUAUCAAAUCGUAUAGAGAACAUAAUAUUAUUAAUAACAUAGAUAUUAGUGAUACAUCGAUUGUUGCAUUUUGUAUGAACAGUCAUUUUAAAACGUAUAAAAAUCUUUUUACAAAACCGGAAGUUUACUUAACACAUAAUACAUAUGGAGAUAAAAUUAAUUCCAUAUCCUUUCAACCAUUUGAAGAUAUAUGUUGUGCAGGUCUCAAAUAUUCUGUUAAAUCAUUUCUAGUACCUGGUUCUGGACUAGCAAAUAUAGACACUUUUGUUAAUAAUCCAUAUGAAACAAAGAAGCAGGUAAGAGAGAAUGAAGUUAGACUAUUACUGGACAAGUUAUCACCUGAUACCAUCCAGUUUAAGCGUAACGAAAUAGGAAAGGUAAACCCGUAUCAAGACGUGCACCAGAACUCUACUCAACCGGGUUAUCAAACGAAUGAUAGGCCUAAUGGACAUCUCACUGACAGGUCUAGUAGUUAUCCCACGGACAGAUCUAAUGCACAUAAAACAUAUAUCAGUCAACGGCUUACUAAUAAAGUGAAGACUCCUGGUAAAAUGCGCUAUGGAAAGAUAAAGACGGACGACAGAGACUACAUUUCAGAGGGGUAUCAUAAUGCGGAUGAUAUCAACGGCAGUUGUGGAGCUAAUGCCCCAUCAUUUGGAAAAAAGGGUUUGUGGAAGAAGGCUGCUAAAGGAAAAGUAGUGAAUGGACAAACAGAUGCAGAAAAGCAAAAGAAGAGAAAAAAAAGAAGGAAAAAAAGGAGAGGAUAA